UUCAAAGGCACACAGUUGAGCAGCGCAGCAGCGCGCUCGGAGCUUUUUUGUCCGCCACGGGCUACCGUAGCCGGGCUUUAGCCCGCUGCUCCUUUGACGGCCAGUCCCAGUCGCGCGGAUUGAGCGAUUCUCUAGGAUCAUGGCGGAUGGUGUUUUCACUCACCCCGGCGCUGACAGAAGACGCCACCGACGCGGCAUCGACAGCCUCAGCAUGGAGCCAGGUCGGGAGAGGCUGGAGGAUGACGGAGUUCGGACCCUCACUUCGGCUGAACAGACAAAAGUAGAGGAUAUAGUCCAAGAAGUCUUUGACAUUUACAAGACAAAUCAUCACGACGCUCAGUUUGUUCUGCAGCGGGAGAAGCACUUCCACUACUUGAAGAGGGGGCUGAGACAACUGACAGAUGCCUAUGAGUGUCUGGAUGCCAGCCGCCCGUGGUUGUGCUACUGGAUCCUGCACAGUCUGGAACUGCUCGAGGAGCCCAUCCCAGAGUCUGUAGCUUCAGACGUGUGCCAGUUCCUGAGCCACUGUCAGAGUCCCAGUGGAGGGUUUGGAGGGGGACCAGGCCAGCAUCCCCAUCUGGCUCCUACCUAUGCAGCUGUCAAUGCGCUCUGCAUUAUCGGCACCGAAGAGGCGUACGGUGUUAUCAACAGGGAGAAGCUCCUGGAGUAUCUCUAUUCCCUGAAGCAGCCUGAUGGCUCCUUCAUCAUGCACAUAGGGGGAGAAGUGGAUGUCAGGAGUGCGUAUUGUGCCGCAUCGGUGGCUUCGCUGACCAACAUUGUUACGCCGACACUCUUUGAAAGGACAGCAGAGUGGAUAGCAAGAUGUCAGAACUGGGAGGGUGGGAUUGGUGGUGUCCCUGGCAUGGAGGCUCACGGAGGAUACACUUUCUGUGGACUGGCAGCUCUGGUUAUUCUAAAAAAAGAACACGUCUUGAAUCUGAAAAGCUUGUUGCACUGGGUGACAAGCCGCCAGAUGCGUUUUGAAGGAGGGUUUCAGGGUCGUUGUAACAAGCUGGUAGACGGCUGCUAUUCGUUCUGGCAGGCUGGUCUGCUGCCUCUCCUACAUCGAGCACUGCAUGCCAGAGGUGACCCGGCCCUCAGCAUGACACACUGGAUGUUCGACCAGCAGGCCCUGCAAGAGUACAUCCUGCUAUGCUGCCAGUGUCCUGCAGGGGGCCUCUUGGACAAACCGGGCAAAUCACGGGAUUUUUACCACACCUGUUACUGCCUGAGUGGACUAUCUAUAGCACAGCAUUUUGGCAGCGGAGACCUCCUCCACGAAGUCGUGCUAGGAGUGCCAGAGAAUCGCCUGCAGCCUACACAUCCGGUCUACAACAUCUCCCCUGACAAAGUGGUGCAAGCAGUCAUGCACUUCCUGACGAAGCCCGUUCCCAGCGCCAAGGAGGAGACGGCUGCCAACUGAGAGGGGCCACUGCCGCCGCGCAAUGCCGCCAUCCGGCCAACAGCGCUGCAGGCCAUCCUGGCCGUUGUGGGGUCCAGCCGUGGAGCUAACUUCUGAUUUCUUUUCAGCCUGGGCCCAACGUUUUGUGUGUGUCUUUCGAGAGAGCUCUGCUAGCCAUACCAAAAACGUCCCGGUUUUCAGUACCUGGUAGGAGAACGGCUGCGUUGGUGGCGUACGGUUUGAGACGCUGGCUGCUCGCCUUCCAAGCCGGAGCAGUUUGGGUUCCGAAGCAAGGCAGCAUGUGAAUACCUUUAGCAUUUGGCAGAACAGCUCCGUUGUUUCAUUUGCACUAUGCUAAGCAUCUGAGCAGGGCAGCUUCCUAAUCGGCUGCAUAUCGGCUUGGCCAGAGUGGGUGCCGUGAUCCUUCCUCCCCCCACCCCCUUUACAGGCAAUAUCCAUUCUACUAGCUAGGAGACAGGACCCCCGAGCUCAUCAAAUGAAGCAUGUUCAGAAUCAGCGCGUCAGAAGAGACAGGCUGGGUGGAGGACUGUGUGCUCAUUCAGCUGCUGGAGCACAUGACGGAGUGUGGCCUUGAACAGCGUCCACCCUCCUACCGCGGGAAGCUCUUUCCAUGAUGUGAAGUGAUGUCAGAAGGGUCUCUUUCAGCACUGAGCAAGAAAUGGGCGGGCGGCAAAAUGCAUCCCAAAACUCCCUUGCAAUUUGGUACUAGCUUGCCUGGGGCGGAACUGACAAUGUAAUGUCGUUUGUGCAUUUUAUUAAAAAAAAAUCACACUAAUUCCUUUCUUAUGCCCUGUUUGGUUGCAACUGUUCAUAAAGAAAAUAAUUAAAAAAAAACCCACCU